CUGGUAUAUAGCAUACUAAACUGCGCUUUUUACUGUUCUCGAAAAUAAGCAAUAUAGACCUGACUGUAUCAGAGUAAUGUAAACAACUGAUGUAAUUCACUAAUGAAUGCUAAUCGGUGUAAAACUCUUUAUGUAAGAAGUUUUUGAAAAAAAAAAAAAUGUUUUUUACAUUUUUUGUUUUUUUCUGUUAGUCGGCUCAUGCUGCAGAUCUCCGGUUCAGGGCGCGGCUCAGAAACGGAUCUCUGACAAACACUCAGGAUUUCAGUAACUCUACGGAUCAUAUAUAACCACGCAACUCUACAUCAAGAUGAAAAGCGCACUUACAAUUGCUCUUUUUCCAUUAUUCGCAAUCGGUGUGUUUGCUGAUGGAAAAGAAACAAGUGAUGUGGAGUUAGAGUCAGUUAUGGAGGGAGAUUCAGUCACUCUAAAGUCUGGUGUUACUAAAAUACAGACAGAUGAUGGGAUUGAGUGGAGGUUCAGUGGAAGUCGUAUAGCUAAAAUCAGCAGUGGCUCCAGUGAGAUAUGGGUUAAACCUGAUGGGCCAUUCAAAGACAGACUGCAGCUGGACAAACAGACUGGAGACCUCAAGAUCAGCAACAUCAGAACCACAGACUCUGGACAAUAUAAACUAAAGAUCAGCAGCACCAGAGGGUCCCCAGAGACGGAAUUCACUGUCAAAGUUGUGUCUGCUGAUGGAGUGAAGACCGUGUCAGUGGAGGUUACAGUGCUGGAGGGAGAUUCAGUCACUCUACGACCUGAUCUUACUGAGAUACAGAGAGAUGAUGUGAUACAGUGGAGGUUUGGACAGCAGAAAUCUCCUGUAGCUGACAUCAAUAGAUUUUUAACAUCUUAUAGUCCUGAUGAGAGAUUCAGAGACAGACUGAAGCUGGACAAUCAGACUGGAUCUCUGACCAUCACAAACAUCAUAGCCACAGACUCUGGACUUUAUGAAGCUGAGAUCAGCAACAGUACCAGCAGCAGAUACACCGUACACCAUACACAGUCAUUCACAGUGACUGUCAGCGCUGAUGUGGAGUCAGUGUCAGUGCUGGAGGGAGAUUCAGUCACUCUACGCACUGGUCUUACUGAAAUACAGAGAGAUGAUCAGAUACUGUGGAAGUUUGGAGAUCAAGACAAACUCAUUGCUGACUUAAACGAGACUUGGAGAAACAUUGAUCUGAAUAGUCAGACCAGAAACCUCACCAUCAGUAACAUCCGAAGAGGUCAGAGUGGACAUUAUAAAGUGGAGAUCAUUACCAGAAGAAUGAUCUUACACAGGAAAUACCGGAUUACAAUUGGUGAAAUGAAGUCUGUAUCAGGGACGGAGGGAGAAUCUGUUACUCUACAGACUGUAACUGAAAUACAGAACGAUGAUCUGAUACACUGGAUGUUUGGAGACAAUGUCAUAGCUGAAAUCCAUAAAGCAGACCGACGAUUCUACACAUCUGAUGUUCCUGAUGGGAGAUUCAGAGGCAGACUGGAUCUGGACCGUCAGACUGGAUCUCUGAUCAUCAUGAACACCAGAACCACACACUCUGGAGAAUAUCAACUGAAGAUCAGCAGCAGCAGACGCACCAUAAACAGGAGAAUCACUGUUACUGUCAGCGGUUUAGAUCCUCGCUCAGGUUUAGAUCCUCGCUCAGGUUUAGAUCCUCGCUCAGGUUUAGAUCCUCGCUCAGAUCCAGGUCUGUCUCCAGCUGUUUCAGAUCCAGGUCUGUCUCCAGCUGUUUCAGAUCCAGGUCUGUCUCCAGCUGUUUCAGAUCCAGGUCUGUCUCGAGGUGCUGUAGCAGGGAUUGUUGGUGGUGUUGUUGUUCUGGUGGCUGCAGCAGUUGUAGCUGGUCUUGUGAAGCACUAUCGCAGCAAGAUCUCUGAACUAGAAAGACGAAGGGAAGAGAAUGGACAAAACCUUAAGAAACAGGAGACAGAUGAUCCUGCUGGUCAUCCGAUGAUCAUCAAUGAAAGUAUUCAGUUUGAUCAUUUAUAAUCAACACAGUAACAAUACACACAUGAAGAGUGACUGAAGUCGAGCCAUUUGUGCUUUUGUAAUAUAAAAACUAAGACUUUUAUUUGCUUUGACAUAAACAGAGAAACAUGCUUUCAUGAUGAUGAAGCUGAUGUAACAGUUUGCUGUUCACGCUGAUGCUGAUAUUGCACUGAUGAUAUUAUUAUAUUUUGUACUAAGAGCCAGUUUGACUGAUUUACAGUAAUGAAGGAUGUUACACUGUGAGAUGGCUUGAUUGAUGUUACACCUGAAAAAAAUUAGCGGAAAUUAUCUCAAGCUAAUUAAUGUAUAUAUGCCUUAAUUCUUUUGUUGUUGUUGUUGUUUUUAUUUGAUGCUCUUGUGCUGUUACAUCACACAUAUUUGUACUUUAUUGAAGUGUUCAUGCUUAAAUAUUUUGUAUUUUAAAUAUAGUACCUAGAGACGGCAUUAUAUAUAUAUAUUUUUUUCUUUUACAUCUGUCAGUCUCCUGAUAAGAUGUGAGUGUGAUAUCUGAACUGUGUUUUUCUGAAGACUGCAUUGCUCUGAUACUCUGUGUUCAUACAGGACUUACAGAUGAUCUUACUGUCUAAACACUUCAUUCCUUCAGCUUUUGUUUAUUUAUAACCCUCUGUUAUUACAGGAAACACAUCAGUAUUUUCAGUUAACCGUAGUAUUAAGGAAAUGCCAAGUGUGACUAAUUCUGUUGUGUGUUUAAUUCAGUAUAUGAGAAUUUUCACUGAUCUAUAUUGAGUUAAAACUCUGUAUUUGAUUAUUUCAGUUAUUGAUGAUGAAAAGAUCGCUUCAAUUCAAAGGAAAAACGUGUUUAUGUACUAUGUUUACAUGAGUUUUAUGAACAUAUCAAAUAUUUUGUUCUGAUCAAAUUUGGAUAUAAAUAUCAGUCUAAAGGAAACCCAAAAUAUAAAUUUUAUUUCAUUUUAAACACCAAUACAGUAUAAAACACACAUGUGGUCAAUUACAGAAAAAUUAAAUAAAUUGUGUAACAAC